AUCUCCCAUCAGCCCUCCCUCUCUCUUCUCAUCCCCGCUAGCUCUAACUCUCUCUGGGUCCAUCUAAAAAGAUACGGCUGCCAAGAAAGUGAAAGGGAGUAAAGCAGAAGAAAAAGCACCCUGCUGUGGGAAGCUGCAAAAAUGAAGAUGUUCUCGGCGCUGCUUCUGCUGAGCACCCUCCUGGAUACCCUCACGGUGCCUUCCCACCGUCCUUCUUGUUACAAGAGGGCCCUCAAAGACCACAACUGUCACAACAUCCCCGAAGGCAUGGAGAACCUUCGACAAAUUGAUGACACUCUGCAAGAUCACUUUUGGGAAGGGAAGGGCUGUGAGGUGAUCUGUUACUGCAACUUGAAUGAAUUGCUCUGCUGCCCAAAGGAUAUUUUCUUUGGACCAAAGAUAUCUUUUGUGAUCCCCUGCAACAGUCAGUGAUUCAAGUCUGCAGGUGAAGAUAACAGACAUCAUUCUACAAUUGUGUAAUAAUGCUUUCAAGGGCAAAUACAAAACCACCACAGUCUAACCACAAAACGGUGCCUCAUUUUACACUGUAGAAAAAUUUCCUUUCUACACCUUUAUGGAAUAUCAAGCACGUAAGAAGUUCUUUCAAAUUUGGUAGCUGACCUAAUUUCCAACGGUUUAAGAGAUUGUACAAGCUCUUAAUGCAUAUUAAUAUGCAUACCCCAGCAAAAAGUGCAACUCUUCUGUCUCAGCACAAUAUUCUCAACUAGUCUGGAUGAAGAAACUUCAAGCCUAAGCCUUCACGUCAUUAGGAACAUGACUCUCACAGCAACCUAUGGCAGUGCAGCUUCCUACUACAUUAUUGCCAUCACACAUUCAAAGCUUUUUCAAGCUGAAGCUACUCAGUCCCUGGUACUUUUGCAGACAGGUUCCCACAUUCUAUUUAGGCAUCUUAAAAUAUAUACACAUACAAAAGCCAUGUAUUUUCAUAUCUGAAAACAUUCCACUGGAAUAAAAAAAGUCAAAACUGACAUUAAUAGUAUUAAAUGGUCUUAGGUCUUAAUUAAGUGUAACUGGUCACCUGCCUUAACUGUGCGAUCUGUAAAACCUUAAAUUAUUUAAUCUUAACACUGAACAUUUACAAUACUAGAACAGUACAUUUUUUUUAAACAAGUCUUAUUUGAAAUACAAUACCCCAGAAUUAAGUUAAAAUGCUGGCUUUUUAUUUUUAGGCUAGCCCUGUAAGGAAAUAGCUAGAGGAGAAGACAUAGAGCUAAUCAUCUUAACAUUUAAGAGAUAUCUAGGCAAUAGACAGAAAGAGACAAUUUUUUUGGCUGUUUUUCACUUAUACUGCAAUCUGUUCUGGCAAGUGUUGAGUAUGUAUAAGUGGGACUGUAUAAGUUUAAGGAAAGCCACCUGAACAAGCCACGUUUACAGGUAGUAAACCUGGUUUGCUGCCUUACACAAAGACUCUUUAGGUAUCAAGUCAGUGAUGUGGAAGGUAUGCAGUACUGAAGCAACUACUCAGUCAUCUCCACUCAAAAAGUGCAUUAUUCACUUAGUAAUCUUACACAUUAGAUCAAACUGCUACCACUAGUUUACCAGGCUACUUCACAUGCCAGGAUGUGAAUAUCAGGAUGACUGUUUUUCUUCCUAUUAGCAAACAAGGGUUGGAUACUGAGGGCGGUGAUUAUAGACUGCCAAUAAUAAAUGUCUCAAGUAAAUCUGUGUGUACUAUUUUUGCACUACUGACUGUUAAACUGUUUGUGUCACUGGGCUUUUAAAGCUUUGUUUGUGUAAUUAUUCCUGAGUCAUCUGGGCUUCCAACCAAAUUAAGAGUAAAAUAAACCCCAUAAAUCUGGCAACACAGUGAAAAUAUCUGAUAUCAGAGCUCUGCUAACAAAGCAUAG